GCACUGGGACCAUGUGUGUAUUGUUUAAACUGCUCAAAUUUGACUGAGUUUCCAGACCGAAAAAACUUCCACCAAACCGAGUGAUGGCGGCCGCCGUGUCUGUUAGCACAGCUGCCAGAGAUGAAAGCACAGACACAGGACUCAGUUUCGCCUCUCGUCCUCUUCAUGAAAAUUACGACCUCGGUGCGGAUCAGGACAACUGGAUGCCGGGGGACCGCCGGCAUCUCGAACUCGAACCCGGCGAAGAGGACUCAACAUCGGACCGCGAGUGUCAGCGGAGGGUCGACGAGGACUUGACAUCACUGAGCACCGAAGAGAUAGAGAGCCGCUUAGAAAGAACUCGCCGGGAGUUUUACAACCGUAGAAAAAUUAUCAUAAAAAAUCUCCCCUCCGACGUUAGCAAUCAGGAGGUCCAUGAGUUAUUGGGAAACUAUGACUUGAAAUACUGCUUUGUUGACAAAUACAAAGGCACAGCAUUUGUGACACUGCUCAAUGGGGAACAGGCACAGAGCGCCAUCAAAGACUUCCACCAGCAUGUUCUACGGGACAGGGAGAUCUCCGUGCAGCUGCAGCCAACAGACGCGCUACUGUGUAUCGCAAACUUGCCCCGGGCAUUCACUCAACAGCAGUUUGAGGAGUUGGUGCGACCCUUUGGUAACCUGGAGCGCUGCUUUCUAGUGUACAGUCCCUCCACGGGUCACUCCAAGGGCUAUGGCUUUGUGGAGUAUAUGAAGAAGGACUCUGCUGCCAGGGCCAAGUCGGAGCUCCUGGGGAAGCAGCUAGGCUCCCGCAUGCUCUAUGUCCAUUGGACUGAGGUGGGCUCUCUCACAUACCCACUGCUGCACUCGAAAUGCCUUUGUGUGGACCGCCUGCCCCCGAGCCUGCUGACAGCCCAAGACCUCCGCAAUGCCCUAGCGGACACCCAUACACCAGUCUUCUGCCAGUUGGCUCAAGGACAAGAUGGAAGUUUUCGGCGGUUUGCAGUGUUGGAGUUUGCCACAGCGGAGAUGGCUGAGGAAGCCCAGCGACUCACUGACGGCAUGCUGCUCGGUGGGACACACAUCAGGGUGUCCUUCUGUGCCCCAGGACCUCCAGGAAGAAGCAUGUUGGCUGCUCUGAUUGCUGCCCAAACCAUGGCUGUGAAUAGGGGUAAAGGUCUCCUCCCUGAUCCCACAGCCAUGCAGAUUCUUACAGGCCUCAAUAACCCUGCCACCCUGAAAAUGCUGCUCAACCCGUUGACGCAGGGACACAAACAAGGCCUCCUGGGCGCAGCCCCUACGUUACCCCUGUUGGCCAACCCCGCCCUCUCAGCUGCCCUACUUCAGAUGCUCCUUCAGAACCAGGCCAAGGCCCAGCAGCAGGCAGGACUCAUCGGGGAGAAUCCUCUGGCUGCUCUGCCUGUCCAGCAGGGAGUCCAUCUGCUCGGAGACCUUCCCCAAGGUGGUGUAGUCCCAGGUCUUGGUCUUCAGACAGAUCCUCUAAACCCCCUAAAGCCAAUACCACUUGGCAGAGCCCUGGCGAGGGAGCAGGAGUCCCCCACUGCAACGUGCACCUUCCCCCAGACUUCCUCUCCCACUCUGCAGGGCAUCUCCAUGCCCCUGAUGGGUAGCAUGAUGGGGGCAGAUGGCCUCACAGCACAAGGGGUAUCCAUACUAGGAGAUCCUCCCAAAGAUGUGAACCUUCCCCAGGGUGCCUUCCUUAAUGUCAACCAUGUUUUUCCCUCAGGAGGAAGCUGCAGACCUCAUCCCUACAGAAAGAGGCUAACACUAAGCAAUGUGUCCAACCAGCACACGCACCACAGCGUACAGUCAAAUUACAGCCUGCGCUACCAGGAUUCCUACAGCCCUGAAUAUCCUCCAGUACACCAGGAUACCCUGGCCCACUUGUUUGAGCAGCAGGAGAACCUUGACGCUGGGGCCCUGGCAGGAUUCGGGCAGCAGCUCCCGCGUCACCCCGACUACAGCGAGCGGUUUUCCCACUACAGUUACCCUCCCAGUCCACCCAUGUCCUACUUCAGCUCAGGGCCCGAGGCUUCUAGUAACGGUAGCCUCGCUACCGCCCAGCUCAACAGGGCUGUGGGAAUGCCUCCUGUGAGUCACACUGCCAACUACCCGCCAGGCAUGGGGAAUGCUGUGAAGACUCCCAUUGGUAGCCACAAACGCGUGUUCUCCCGUUUAAUCCCGUCUCCGGAGCCGAGCCCCGAGGGCAGCUACGUGGGCCAGCACUCCCAGGGCCUCGGUGGCCAUUAUGCGGACUCCUACCUUAAGCGAAAGCGUAUUUUCUAACCGCCUGCUGAAUGCUCCUUACUGCAUGAGUAGCCAUUCGACAGCCAGGACACAAUGGCAUCUCCUUUGGUCCCCUCCAACGAACUUGAGCUUUGGUGCUCCUUGGAUUUGUCUCCUGUGUACUCUGUGAGUGACCCCUGGAGGGCACUGGGAGUGCAGCCUGUUGCUAUCUGGACAGUUGUGUCAAUAUAUGGCAGUUCUUGGUGGUGUUUUUUUUUUUUUUUUUUUUUUUUAACCUUCUGUUUUCUUUGAGUGUGUGUAUAUAAUUUUAGUGUGUUGGUAAAUUAAGUUUUUACUUUUUUCUUUUUAUUAAUUUUACUUUUAAUUUUCUGUUGAAAAACUUGUUCAUUGAGAAAAAAUGGUUAAUUAGCAAAUGAAGUCUUUUCUCUUAAGCAUUUUUUUUUUUAUUCCUGUGUAGAGUGUGGUGUAUCAGCAGAGCUGCAGAUAGUUUUGGCCAGUUUUCAGUGGCAGUUAUAGGCUGCUUUAUGUUUGACAUCUCACGAAAGUAUUGCUGUCCACAAUUUCAGACAAAGGGACUUGCAUGGUGUAAAAACAAGCUUUACUUAAAAGGGCUCUACUUUUUUUUCUUUUUAAAUAGCCUUAACUCCUUGUAAAAAGUUCGUUGGUUAGUUUAAUGAGGUGGUGGUGGUUUUGUAUUUUCUGUUUUUCCUCAUUUUCUUCCACAAGUUUGUGUAUUUUUGCUGUACAACUGUUCCUGGAUCAGGUCUCUCCUCAUUGGUUAACAUUCAGCUCUCCAUCCACCAAUGACAGCUGUGUGUACCUGCCUGUAUAUUAUGACAGUGAAGCUUUUUACCAUUUACGGCAUAUUUUCCUCAAGGCUUGACUGUUCCACGUCAUUCUCGUCUUCUGAUCCGCACCCUCCAACUUGUUUAACGGCGUCUGUUCUCUGCACUGGUUGUCGAGUGAUGCACCUGGAGGGCACAGGUCACAAUCCCCAAUCUGUUCUCACCUUCUACAAGAUGCCAUUUUUCAAGUCGUCUUCUCUCACUCAUAUGUCUGUGAGCUGAAUAUUUUCUGUGUUUUUGUGAGUUGUGUGUAAAUUUUCAAUGUCUUUAAAAGUCCAAAGGUCGCACCUCGAUGGUUGAGUUUUAUGGGAGGGGGGGCAGGGGUGCACACGUGCUGCGUUGCCAUCACUCAAGCUGCCUGUAAGAUGGUAACCACAGGAACACUGACCAUCUCUGCUCAGAGAGAGGCUUGACUCUGUUGAUUUGGCUUUUCUGGAUGACUCGACGGCAGCUGGAGUGAUGGACACAGUUCAUGUUCGGGGUCCAGUAAUGGUUGGAGUUUAAUCUGUCUGCAUGGGUACUAAUGGAAGCUAGUGGCAGGUGAUUGGUCAGUGACAUGACUGUCCUUGUUUUCUUUUUUCUUUUUCUUUUUUUUUUUUUUUUAAAUAAUUAUCUGGUUGACAGUUUGAUUGUGAAAACCCAUUACCUCUGAUUUCUGCUAGGAAAUGCAGCUACACUUGAGCCUUAACAGUGUUUUCUGUGAUCUCAUCCUGCCCUGUGUUGGCUUCCAUCUACAUCUACCAUUUCUUGUUGUUAUUUGCUGUGUAAAUAGUUAAGCUUGAUAAUUUUCCUGAAUCUGAAACUGUUGUUUCCUUUACUCAUACCUGCCUCUAGUCCUUUUUUUUUUUUUUUUUUUAAAUGAUUGAAUGAAUUUGCUGCUUCACGUGUUUUUGUUUUUUUUGGUUGUCGUUUCAUGUUUGGCUGUAUGUUUCUGUGAGCUGAUGUGACCAACAGUGGCGCCACAGCAGACCGCUCAUGUUGUGUAUUGACCAAGAGAUGCAGCCGUACUGUUCGACCGUCAUCCGUUUUGAUCGAUUCGAUUCCUGCUGCUGUCUUCUCAUCUGUACCUCCAUGGUUGUCUCUGCAUAUGUGUGUGUGUGAUGUGAGCAAGUAAAUGUUAUUUAAAGUUA